CUGUUUUAUGUUUUGAAGGCUAAGUUUGAUGUCCAUUCUGAUGUUCAUAUAAGCCACAUCCUCAAAUCACUUAACAUAAAGUGGAGAGACCACCGACAGGAAUUGUGGCAACUUAGAAAUGAUGGAACACGUACUAGAGAUGAAUUGAUCACAAUGGUUCCAGCAGGAAUAGAUAGAGAUCAUUGGGCUUCUUUUGUGGAUUAUCGACUAAAUUCAAAAACAAAGGAGCAUGCUCUGAAAAAUAAAGAUAAUAGGGCAAAGCAAACCAUUGCUCACACAUGUGGAUCUAAGAGCAUUGCAAGGAAAAGAGAUGAAAUGGAAAAAAUUCAAGUAUAUGAAUCAACAUCAUCAUCAUCUGUAUCAAAAGAAAUAUCAAGUACUGAUUCCUUAGCUUUUGCUUUCGGAAGCCAAGAGCACUGUGGACGUGUUAGGGGUUUGGGUUUGGGUCUUUGCCCAUCUAAAGUGUUUGGCUCCAAGGGUCAUUCAUAUAGUGGAGCAUCUUCAAGUUAUCCUUCUAAUGCUCAGUUACAAAAUCAGGUUUCUACAUUAACAUCCCAACUCAAUGAAAUGAAGGCAAUGGUUAAUUUUUUGGUACAAAAUUAUCAAGGAGAGUUGCCUCGUGAUUUUACUGUGCAUCAUGCACCAACGGUAUCUGAUCAAAGAAGUGUUCCUAACGAAGAAACAAAUGAUCAACAUCCAACACCGCAUUAGAUGAUAUUUUUCGUUUACUUUUGAAAU